AUGGCCUCCGUCGCACUCGGCUCCACCCUCACUUUACUCCGCGCCAACCAAAACGACGCCGCUCCACACAAGCCUCUUAUCUUCACUCCAAAUUUCAACUCUCUCCGAUUCAACCACAGCCUCAGAACUCACGCCUCUUCCACGCGGUGCCGCGGCGUCGGAGCUCCACGCGCCGCCGCCGAGGCGGUGGAGGAUGUGAUUGUUGAGGGAGUGGAGAAGGAGAAGGUGAAAGGUAGCAGGGCUCUGAGAGUCGGUGUCGUCUGCGGUGGUCCCUCCGCCGAGCGUGGAAUCUCUCUCAACUCGGCGAGAUCAGUAAUCGAUCACAUACAAGGAGAGGAUUUACAUGUGAGUUGCUACUACAUUGACUCGGAGCUCAAUGCGUUUGCGAUAUCGCCUGCUCAGGUGUACUCCAACACUCCAGCGGAUUUUGAUUUCAAACUCGAAAGCCUUGCUCAAGGUUUCAAGUCUUGGUCUGACUUUGCGGACCACCUUGCUGUCAAUGUGGACAUAGUGUUUCCGGUCAUACAUGGUCAAUUUGGUGAAGAUGGUGGCAUUCAGGAGGUGUUGGAACGGUAUAACAUUCCAUUUGUUGGCACGGGAUCAAAUGAGUGUCGUCAAGCUUUUGACAAGUACAAUGCCUCAUUGGAGCUCAGCAGACAUGGAUUUGUAACUGUACCAAGUUGUUUAGUAGAGGGAAGUGAAGCAGAUGAACCUGAACUGUCGGAGUGGUUUGCAAAAAAUCAACUGGAUCCUAACUCUGGGAAAGUUGUGGUAAAACCAGCACGAGCAGGUUCAAGCAUUGGUGUUACAGUUGCAUAUGGCUUGGCUGAUUCUCUUGCCAAGGCUAAUGCAAUUAUUACAGAGGGAAUUGAUUCCAAAGUCCUUGUUGAAAUAUUUCUUGAAGGAGGGAGUGAAUUUACCGCAAUUGUUCUUGAUGUGGGGUAUGGUACAGAUUCUCAUCCUGUUGUACUACUACCAACUGAGGUGGAACUUCAAUUCCUUGGUAGUGUAGAUGUUAGAGAGAAGGAUGCAAUCUUCAACUAUCGCAGGAAAUAUCUUCCAACACAACAGGUUGCUUAUCACACUCCACCUCGUUUUCCUAUUGAUGUCAUCGAAAAUAUUCGAGAUGGAGCAUCUCAGUUAUUCAAAAGGCUUGGCCUUCGUGACUUUGCUCGAAUCGAUGGAUGGUUCCUGCCUAAUUCUGUUCAUGUACCGUCAUCACCAGAUAGCAAGUUUGGAAGGACUGAAAUGGGUACAAUAUUAUACACUGACAUUAACCUGAUUAGUGGUAUGGAGCAGACCAGCUUUUUAUUCCAGCAAGCCUCAAAGGUUGGGUUUUCUCAUGCAAAUAUCCUCCGGAGUAUCAUUAAUCAUGCUUGUUUGAGGUUUCCGCAUCUUGCAUCUUGUGAUGGUGUGUCCGGUGAUUUGUCUAGAACAUUAAAAUCCCCGCUGCUUAAAGAUGAUUGGGAAGGCACUCAGAAAGUUUUUGUUAUUUUUGGAGGAGACACAUCCGAGAGGCAAGUAUCUCUUAUGAGCGGAACAAAUGUUUGGCUCAAUUUGCAAGCUUUUGAUGAUCUAGAAGUACUUCCUUGCUUGCUUGCCCCAACGAAUGGAUAUUCAUCUAGUAAUGAUGUGGACAAAAAUGAAGUUGAUGCAACUUCCAGAACAGUUUGGUCAUUACCCUAUUCUCUUGUGCUAAGACACACCACGGAGGAAGUUCUUGCUGCAUGUGUAGAGGCAAUAGAACCAGACCGAGCUGCACUUACAUCUCAAUUACGGAACAGAGUGAUUAAUGAUCUUAUGGAAGGCUUCAAGAAACAUUCUUGGUUUACAGGAUUCGAUAUCAAUGAUGAACUGCCUGUUAAAUUUUCUAUUGAAGAGUGGAUCAAGCUAGCCAAGGAAGUCAAGGCAACAGUAUUCAUUGCGGUGCAUGGAGGUAUUGGUGAAGACGGUACACUUCAGUCUUUGCUGGAGGCUGAAGGAGUUCCACAUACAGGUCCUGGUGUUUUGGCCUUCAAGAUUUGUAUGGACAAAGUUGCUACAUCAGUUGCUCUUAAACAUCUAUCAGACUUGGGAGUUCUUACCAUAAACAAAGAUGUGAGAAGAAGAGAUGAGCUCCUUAGUACACCAAUACCAAAUGUAUGGUAUGAAUUGACCUCCAAGCUUCAGUGUGAAACAUUAUGUGUUAAACCAGCAAGAGAUGGAUGCUCAACUGGAGUUGCAAGGUUAUGCUGUGACGGAGACCUUUCAGUGUAUGUAAAAGCGUUAGAGGACUGUCUCCUUCGGAUUCCCCCUAAUAGUUUGUCAAAGGAACACGGAAUGAUCGAAAUGCCAAACCCCCCUCCAGAGCUCCUAAUCUUUGAACCUUUUAUUGAAACGGAUGAUAUAAUUGUUUCAUCGAAGUCCAUGAAUGAAAAUGGACAUCACCUCAUGUGGAAAGGACAGAGUAGAUGGGUUGAAAUAACCAUUGGUGUUAUUGGGAAACAAGGAUUAAUGCACUCGUUGAGUCCCAGUAUCACCGUAAAGGAGAGUGGUGAUAUUUUAUCACUCGAAGAGAAAUUUCAGGGUGGAACUGGCAUCAAUCUUACUCCACCUCCUUCAUCGAUCAUUAGCCACGAGGCCUUGCAGAAAUGCAAACAAAAUAUAGAAAUGAUCGCAAACACUCUAGAAUUAGAAGGAUUUUCAAGAAUUGAUGCCUUUGUCAACGUGGAUAGUGGAGAGGUGCUGAUUAUAGAGGUCAAUACAGUGCCUGGAAUGACACCUUCCACUGUUCUUAUUCAUCAGGCACUAGCAGAGGAACCUCCCAUGUAUCCUCAUCAGUUCUUCCGGACACUGCUUGAUUUGGCAUCAGAGAGGACCAUAUACAUUUCAUAGUAUUGUCAAUAUUCCACUUUUUCUUUAAAAUCUCCUAUUAGGGGGCUUGGGAUUUGGGGCACCGUACGGUCAAUGUUGAUGUUUGUAUUGUAUUGUAUAGCAAGCAGAAGACAUGCUGUGUAAUGUAGUGAGGUAAAGAUCAAAUCAAGGCAAAUCCUCAGAAUAAUGA